AUGGCGGCGUGCGGACGUGUCCGGAGCCGCUGGCCGGGCCCGGCGCCGCUGCUGCCGCUGCUGCUCGUGGCGCUGGCCGUUUGCCGCGAGGACGUGCUGCGCCUCUGCUCCAAGCACAGCUGGGCCAACAACCUCGCCGUGCUCGAGUGCCUGCAGGACGUKCGCGAGCCAGAUAAUGAAAUCUCUUCAGACUGCAAUCAUCUCUUGUGGAACUACAAGCUGAACCUGACUACAGAUCCAAAGUUCGAGUCCGUGGCCAGAGAAGUCUGCAAAUCYACUAUUGCCGAGAUCAAAGAGUGUGCGGAUGAACCGGUUGGUAAAGGUUUCCUGGUGUCRUGUUUGGUGGACCACAGAGGAAACAUCACUGAGUACCAGUGCCAUCAGUACAUCACCAAAAUGACAGCCAUCAUCUUCAGCGACUACCGGCUCAUUUGUGGCUUCAUGGAUGACUGCAAGGCUGACAUCAACCUCCUCAAGUGUGGCAGCAUUCGACCCGGAGAAAAGGAUGCCCACUCGCAAGGAGAGGUGGUGGCAUGCCUGGAGAAAGGCCUGGUGAAAGAGGCCGAGGAGACCAAUCCGCGAAUCCAGGUGUCUGAUCAGUGCAAGAAAGCAAUUCUGCGCGUGGCCGAGCUCUCCUCGGACGACUUCCACUUGGACCGGCACCUCUACUUCGCCUGCCGAGACGACAGGGAGCGGUUUUGUGAAAACACACAGGCUGGGGAAGGCCGAGUUUACAAGUGCCUGUUUAACCACAAGUUUGAGGAAUCAAUGAGUGAAAAGUGUCGUGACGCAUUGACAACCCGCCAGAAGCUGAUUGCCCARGACUACAAAGUGAGUUACUCGCUGGCCAAGUCCUGCAAGAGUGACCUGAAGAAGUAUCGCUGUAACGUGGAGAACCUUCCGCGCUCCCGAGAAGCCCGGCUUUCCUACCUGCUCAUGUGCCUCGAGUCUGCUGUGCACAGAGGUCGACAAGUGAGCAGCGAGUGCCAGGGUGAAAUGCUGGACUACAGGCGCAUGCUGAUGGAGGACUUCUCCCUGAGCCCGGAGAUCAUCCUGAGCUGCCGAGGGGAGAUCGAGCACCACUGCUCGGGCCUGCACCGCAAGGGGCGCACCCUGCACUGCCUCAUGAAAGUGGUCCGAGGGGAGAAGGGGAACGUGGGCCUCAACUGUCAGCAGGCACUCCAAACGCUGAUCCAAGAGACGGACCCCGGUGCAGAUUACCGCAUCGACCGCGCUCUCAACGAGGCCUGCGAGUCGGUCAUACAGACUGCCUGCAAGCACAUCCGCUCUGGAGAUCCCAUGAUUCUGUCUUGUCUGAUGGAGCAUUUAUACACAGAGAAGAUGGUAGAGGAUUGUGAGCAUCGGCUCCUGGAGCUGCAGUAUUUUAUAUCCCGUGAUUGGAAGCUGGAUACGGUCCUUUACCGCAAGUGCCAGGGCGAUGCCUCGCGGCUCUGUCAUACCCACGGCUGGAAUGAGACUAGCGAGCUGAUGCCGCCGGGCGCCGUGUUCUCCUGCUUGUACCGGCACGCGUACCGCACGGAGGAGCAGGGCCGCAGGCUAUCACGAGAGUGCAGAGCAGAAGUGCAGAGAAUCCUCCACCAGCGAGCCAUGGAUGUGAAACUGGAUCCRGCUCUCCAGGACAAGUGUAUGGUUGACUUGGGGAAAUGGUGCAGUGAAAAGACAGAGACAGGGCAGGAACUAGAAUGUCUUCAGGACCAUCUUGAUGACUUGGUGUCCGAUUGCAGAGACAUAGUGGGAAAUCUUACGGAGCUGGAGUCUGAGGACAUUCAGAUCGAAGCCUUGCUGAUGAGAGCCUGUGAGCCCAUCAUCCAGACGUUCUGUCAUGAGGUGGCAGAUAACCAGAUUGAUUCCGGGGACCUGAUGGAGUGUCUGAUACAGAACAAACACCAGAAGGAGAUGAAUGAGAAGUGUGCAAUUGGAGUUACUCAUUUCCAGCUGGUUCAAAUGAAAGACUUUCGCUUCUCUUACAAGUUUAAAAUGGCUUGCAAGGAGGAUGUGCUGAAACUCUGCCCCAACAUCAAGAAAAAGGUGGAUGUAGUGAUCUGCCUGAGCACAACUGUGCGCAAUGAUACUUUGCAGGAUGCCAAGGAGCACAGGGUGUCUUUGAAGUGCCGCAAACAGCUGCGUGUUGAGGAGCUGGAGAUGACUGAGGAUAUCAGACUUGAACCAGAACUGUACGAGGCUUGUAAAAGUGACAUCAAGAAUUACUGCCAAAAUGUAGCCUAUGGCAAUGCUCAGAUUAUUGAGUGCUUGAAGGAGAUCAAGAAGCAGUUGAGUUCCCGGUGUCACCAGAAGGUGUUUAAACUGCAGGAGACAGAGAUGAUGGAUCCAGAACUGGACUACACGCUCAUGAGAGUCUGCAAGCAGAUGAUCAAGCGAUUUUGUCCAGAGGCAGACUCAAAAAACAUGCUGCAGUGUCUGAAACAGAAUAAGAACAGUGAAGUAAUGGAUCCUAAAUGCAAGCAAAUGAUUACCAAGCGCCAGAUUACACAGAACACAGAUUACCGCUUAAAUCCUGUGCUCCGGAAGGCCUGCAAAGCAGACAUCCCCAAAUUUUGCCAGAAUAUCCUGAACAGAGCCAAGGAUGAUACAGAGUUAGAGGGACAAGUGAUCUCAUGUCUGAAGCUGAAAUAUGCAGACCAGCGUCUCUCUCCAGACUGUGAGGACCAAAUCCGAGUGAUAAUCCAGGAAUCGGCUCUUGAUUAUCGACUGGAUCCCCAGCUUCAGAUGCAUUGCUCUGAAGAGAUUUCCAGCCUGUGUGCAGAAGAAGCAGCAGCUCAGGAGCAGACUGGGCAGGUGGAAGAAUGUCUGAAAGUGAAUCUGCUGAAAAUAAAAGCCGAAAUGUGCAAGAAGGAAGUGCUCAACAUGCUGAAAGAAAGCAAAGCAGAUAUAUUUGUUGACCCAGUACUCCACACGGCCUGUGCCCUAGACAUCAAGCACCACUGCGCCGCCAUUCCUCCGGGAAGAGGACGCCAAAUGUCCUGCUUAAUGGAAGCUCUGGAGGACAAGCGCGUGAGGCUGCAGCCCGAGUGCAAGAAACGCCUUAACGACCGUAUCGAGAUGUGGAGCUACGCCGCGAAGGUUGCUCCAGCUGAAGGCUUUUCCGACCUUGCCAUGCAAGUUAUGACCUCUCCGUCCAAGAAUUAUAUAUUGUCUGUGAUCACAGUGGGCAUCUGUGUACUCUUCCUGAUCGGCCUGAUGUGUGGACGCAUCACCAAGCGGGUGACAAGAGAGCUCAAGGACAGGUAGAGCCUGGAUUGCCUGCUGAAGAAAUGCCUGCCCAGUGCCCAGUUUUGUACAGCCCUCUUCUGUAUAGUCUACCCACCCCCUCUUGUGAGAGAGGAAUAAAAAGAAAAAAAAAAUUAGAACAGCAGCAGGUGUUGGCUCAGUUUUCCCAUCCUGGAUCUCAUCCAUGGCAUCUUCAUCCUAUGGAAGUUUGUGUGCAACAUUGGCAGCCCAGCCAGCRGCUUUUGUUACCCCUUUGUUAGCAGACUCUCGUUUACCUGCCUGUAGACAAGUCUCUAUUGUGCUGUUGGAACUGCCUUCACUCUCCRAAUCAGACUGACGUGACCUGCAACUCAAGCAGUUUUUAAGUAAAUUUUUAAAGAAAGACAUAUAUCUGCAUUCCGACUGUAUGGUUUAGGUAAUGGUUCAUUCUGAAAUAUAGUCAUCCUCUGUGGCUGGGUGAAAUUAAGGCAGGAAAUUAAGGGUAAUUUGCAUCUUACACCACAGUUGGCCUUGUUUUGGACAUCUUGCUCAUCUUAUGUAAAGUAUCUUCAGAGCAUAGCCUUGGACAACCUAAGGACACCAGUCAUUGGUGUCAUCUUCUAGUGAAUAUCCUGCUUUUGUUACUGUGGAUUUAUUUUUUGGCUGAAAAGAUGUCCUCCCUUUCUUCCUCUACCACUCGCAAGAUAGAGUAAAACACUGACCAGGAUCAAAUACCAUGUGAGCUUCACAACCUGUAUUUCAGUAGAUUAAAGACAGGGUGUAGACACAAGGCACAUAGAGCCUGUCAGUAGUGUACRGUGCUGCUGUCAGUGGCAUGAAGUGCCCUGAACAGUUACUCGGACAACUUUAUCAGUGAUGAUGCAGAAAAGAAAAAAUUAACACUCCAUUUGUUUUAUCUUGCUGCUGCUGAGCUAUUUCCCCUCUGAAUUAACUGUCUACAGGUGGUAGGUGACAUACUGGCGAUGAGGUGCUUUGCCAGGGAUKUGCGAUGCUGCUGGACAUUGAACAUCUCUAGCUGUAAAACGGUUGCUUGGGGUUAGUGCAGUGGGUUUUCUGACCUGUCUGGCUCCUAAUUUGCUUCAACRGAAGCACUGAGGAGUAUUUUCAGUUUCCACAAAUACAGUUGCUUAAGGAUAAAAGUGGCAUUUCCCAGGAUAUGUAGGAUAUGGGUGCUGGUUCAGGAUAGCAAGCAGGAAGGGAGGAGGGGGGAUGAUAGUGUUGCACAAGGGCAGAAGCGUCCGGAUCUUCAAGGGAAAUAGCUUUCUUGUUACCACCAGUGGGCAUGCUUAGACUGUCUAUAGCCACGCUUCCAGAACCUGAUCCUCAGACCUGAAGACCCAAAGGUGUCUUGGAAAAGCUACACCUUUAUUUGUGAAAGCUACGUACCGCUUUCUUUCUUCCCCACGUAGGAGGAGUGUAGGUCAUUGGUCAUGUGCUGUGGUUGAAACGUGAGGAGUUAGGUCGAGUGUGUUGCUGAAACCUAAAAUGAGAGUCGACGUGUACCAUAGGAUGUGUUUUAUUAGCCUUUUAGAUGUGCUCACCUGUGUGUGCUGCAGUAAAAAUCAUGUGCCUGAAGCUGCCUGCCUUAGGCUGAAGCUUGAAGCGUGAUUUUUCUUUUCCACUUUAGUGCCCUGCUAGGUAAGACCUGACAUUUCCAAUCCUCUGUGCUGUUCUCUAGGGGGAACAGUGGAGGUSAUCUGAGACACUUUGGAUGUGGACCAGCUGAUUUGAAUGAUGCUGUGAGUACAGAAUGAUGCACAUACAAAAUACUGCGAGGGCUUUUGCUGCCUUUAUGAGGUGGUACGAAGGUGUGCAAAGCUGUUUGCAGACAUAUCUUUGUUGUCCUGUUCUGAGGAUGGAUAGCAAACUUAGUGAUGUCCUAGACUUAUAGUGGUGGUCUUUAGUGAGCACUUCUGUUUGUGUAUGAAAGUAUUUUGAAUGCAAGGCAAGCAAUAGAGAGAGUCUGAGCAAUGAUCAUUCAGCAGAGAGAUGGUGUAUGCGGUAGGAUCCCAUUAAGUGGCGAGCAGAAAAGAAAUUAAGCCUCAGUUCUUUCUCUCCCCCCUGUUCUCUGGUGCAAAGGCAGGUUAACUGGCUCUCUGUAAACAUGAACUGGAAGAAAAAAGGCCURACUGGUGACAUCCCUGAGGCAGAACAGGUCUGUAACACGCGGAUGAUAGUCUGGCAGUUUGGAAGUCUAGAGUCCAAGUGCUGAAGCAAAUGACUACAUAGUGAUGGGGAGCAUGGCAGUGGAGCUACAGGGAAGGGAAAAGGCUCCUGUGCACCUUGGCCUGCUUGUGUGGCACAAGUCCUGCUGUUUGAGUGUCCAGCGGGCACAGCCAGCUUGCCCCCCCGAGCAUUGGAGCGUUUUGUAAACUUAUUAGCCCGGCAAGCCUGAUUAGGUGGUGUAGUAUCUAGAAAUAGCAUUUUUUUCCCCCCAURUAUUCCAAAUGGCACCACUGUGAAGCAUGGAGAGUUCAUAGCCUUAGUUCUCAAUGUAAAUCCAUUUUUAGGCUCUGAAAGUAACUGCUAUUUUUACUUGCCGCUCUAAAGCCUCUGGUUGUUUGCUUUCUAAUUUGGAAGAAAGUUCAGCUGUAGGAAGCAAGUUUCCUGUGCUGCUGUUGGUUUUGGAGACAGUGCACUAACGUAUUUUGGCAUAACAAAUACUAGUCAGGCAAGAGUAAGAGCAGUGCCCUAAAGGGUUGAGAGUAUUAAAGUAUGUUAUUCCUUGGAGCAUGUGGCUACUUYUAGCCAGGACGUGCAAGCCCGUUCACUCACGGGCACACUCGAGCAUUCUUGGUCCUUAAUUGCCUGUAGUCACAGUCCCUGCUCGGUGACUUUUUGCAGAGACUUUCUUCUUAGCUGAGUAUUGGAGCUGCUAAGGAGAUGCUAAGCAGAGCUUCACACCAAUGGAACAAGCAACAGACAGCAGCAGUGCCUGGAGAAAAGCAUUAGGAGGCUCCCGUCCACAAUGUUUUUGUCUUUCCUACUUUUUACAUAUACCUGAGCAUCUUAGGGGCCUCAAAAGCACACACUCAUACAAAAAGACCUUCGUACAAAUGUUGUUCCCAAAACAAACCUGCUUGUGCUGUUGCCAACACAACAUCUUGCCUUGCAGGCAACCACUUUCCACUGCAGAGGAAGAAACGUAGGGUGGUAAGAAACAUUGCUGCUGCCUUUAAUUUAAGGAAGCCUUUUUUUAACUUUUGUGAUUUAAUUGAAAGUGCUAGAAAUGGCUCUGUCAACCAGUGAGGGAGCUGAAGCAAAACUUCUGGUCUGCUUUCCUGCUUGUGACCCUCAACUCUUAGUGGAGAAGGCUGCGUUCCACCGUGUCCUGCAUGGCUCUCUCCUUGCCGCAGCAACGCCUUCUGUUUGAGAGCUUAUCCUAGAUACMGUUAUGCUGAUGCUCCUGGAAAUACAUGGAAAGGGGAGAUGUCUGCUMAGUAGCAUGGCAUGCCGCUCUCCUCCCUCCUGCUGCAAGGACUAUUGAGGUAGCUUGCGUUCCCCACUUGACAGCAUGUGUUUAGAGAACAUGGGCAAGGGGGGCUGUGCAUCAUGUGUGCCCCUGCUUCACUCUGGCGAGCCUGUUAGUGUUCAUUCUUGUUGACUUUAAGGAGAAAAAAAAAAAACAACUUGUUAUUUAUCUGGAGGUUUAUAUUGAGUUCCUUUGACUUUCUUCUGACUUUGGAUUCCCCUUGCCUUGCUUUUGUCAUCAGGCUGUCGUAACUGAUGUAGACAGGAACAAUCCUUUUCAGCCGUCCCUAGUCUGCGAGUUGGGUACCCAUGUGCCUGCGUUGCCAGAAAGCAUCUGAAAAGCCCUCAUUAAGUUCAAAUAAUACUUAGACAAAAUCA